AACUGAGGCUGCUGCUGUCGGCCUGGGGAUGGACCCCAAGCCCUGAGUGGUGCUGUUGGACCCAGGACCUGCAAGGAGCACGCACUAAGGCAGCUACGGACCACGCUGUGAGGGAGAGCAGGUUGGGAGCAGCCCCAGUGACACCAGAGCCAGCCUCAUCCCUAAGAGCUUCUAAGAGCAUAGACUGCUGCCAGCUGAGGCCAGUAAGGCAGGGCUGCUUGGCGGCCAGUCCAGCCUAAGACUCGGGACCUCUCCUGGAGGCCACGGCCAGGCUGUCCCGCUGAUGGCACCGUGAAGCAUGUGAGACCCUGCUCCAGGGCCAAGCAGGAGAGAAGAGGCUUUCAGAGACCUCAUUCAUAAAGACCAAGGAGCACACUGCAAGGACCAUGAGGCCACUGUGUAUGACCUACUGGUGGCUUGGACUGCUGGCCACCGUGGGAGCUGCUACAGGCCCAGAGGCUGAUGUUGAGGGCGCAGAGGAUGGUUCGCAGAGAGAGUACAUUUACCUCAACAGGUACAAGAGGGCAGGUGAGUCCCCAGACAAGUGCACCUACACUUUCAUUGUGCCCCAGCAGCGGGUCACAGGUGCCAUUUGUGUCAACUCCAAAGAGCCCGAGGUGCACCUGGAGAACCGUGUGCACAAGCAGGAGCUGGAGCUGCUCAACAAUGAGCUGCUUAAGCAGAAGCGGCAGAUCGAGACGCUGCAGCAGCUGGUAGAGGUAGAUGGCGGCAUCGUGAGCGAGGUGAAGCUGCUGCGCAAGGAGAGCCGCAACAUGAACUCUCGGGUCACACAGCUGUACAUGCAGCUUCUACACGAGAUCAUUCGCAAGCGAGACAAUGCGCUGGAGCUUUCCCAGCUGGAGAACAGGAUCCUGAACCAGACAGCUGACAUGCUGCAGCUGGCGAGCAAGUACAAGGACCUGGAGCACAAGUUCCAGCACCUGGCUAUGCUGGCACACAACCAAUCAGAGGUCAUUGCCCAGCUUGAAGAGCACUGCCAACGUGUACCUGCAGCCAGGCCUGUGCCCCAGCCACCCCCAGCCACGCCACCUCGGGUCUACCAGCCACCAACCUACAACCGCAUCAUCAACCAGAUCUCCACUAAUGAGAUCCAGAGUGACCAGAAUCUGAAGGUGCUGCCACCCUCCCUGCCCACCAUGCCUGCCCUUACCAGUCUCCCAUCUUCCACUGAUAAGCCAUCAGGUCCAUGGAGAGAUUGUCUACAGGCCCUAGAGGAUGGUCACAGCACCAGCUCCAUCUACCUGGUGAAGCCGGAGAAUACCAACCGCCUUAUGCAGGUGUGGUGCGACCAGAGACAUGACCCUGGGGGUUGGACUGUCAUCCAGAGACGCCUGGAUGGCUCUGUCAACUUCUUCAGGAACUGGGAGACCUAUAAGCAAGGGUUUGGGAACAUCGACGGCGAAUACUGGCUGGGCCUGGAGAACAUCUACUGGCUGACGAACCAAGGCAACUACAAAUUGCUUGUAACCAUGGAGGACUGGUCUGGCCGGAAGGUCUUUGCAGAGUAUGCUAGCUUCCGACUGGAGCCAGAAAGCGAGUACUAUAAGCUGCGGCUGGGGCGUUAUCACGGCAACGCAGGCGACUCCUUUACCUGGCACAACGGCAAACAGUUCACCACCCUGGACAGGGACCAUGAUGUCUACACAGGAAACUGUGCCCACUAUCAGAAGGGAGGAUGGUGGUACAAUGCCUGUGCUCACUCCAACCUCAAUGGGGUCUGGUACCGUGGGGGCCAUUACCGGAGCCGAUACCAGGAUGGGGUCUACUGGGCUGAGUUCCGAGGAGGAUCUUACUCACUCAAGAAGGUGGUGAUGAUGAUUCGGCCCAACCCCAACACUUUCCAUUAAGCUCUCUCUGCCUGGCCACUUACGGCAUUGCCAGAAGCCAUCCCAACUGUGCGACGUCAGCACAGCUCUUCACUGGCCCACCUCAGGCUGGGAGGACAGAGUGCUGGACUCUGCUCUCCAAGUGGCUGUCAGAUGAUGGAGAUGAAAGGGCUUCUCUGCCCCUCCUGCCUUCUUUUACACCCAGCCAUCCCUGUAUUCCAGGACAGGACAGAACUGCAAUCUUCCAAUCAGUUAAGUCUUAAUAAAAAUUUCAACUGCCAA